GUAGAAGCCACGACAUGGCUCUGUGCUUUUAGAUAUCAUCCUCUCUUCUACUGCCCGAACCUGCUAGGGAUUGCCUCAGCCAUAAAUGCAUACUGUGCAGCGUGGUUGCCUCACAUUGCAACCCGUAUAUACGGCCCAUGUGAAGGAAGGCACAAUCCCAAAGCCAACCCGUAUAUAAGGCCCAUGUAAAUUGCAACUCAUCAGGAUGCACCUGGAGAUCGGAGACGCUCAAGCCUUCUGCCCAGCGAUUGGCUGCCGUUCACAUGUGGAUCCACCGGGACUAGCCGCGCAGCAGCAUGAACAAUGGAGUGGAGCUACCCAUCAUACUCUUGCGCCACCACCCUGGUCGGAACUCCGGGCAUCGACACAUUCGACUACCAAUCACGCCUUAAGGACCGUUCGGCCAGCAGCACCAUCUCAGACUGGGACACCGACAUCGACAUGGCGGAAAACGCGACCCCGAAAGCUGCGGGCGUCGUCAACGGCGGCGACUCAGCUGCGGGGGUGCCAUUCUACGAAAAACAGCGCCAGCACCUCAAGGAGCUCAUCGCCAAGAAAAAGGCGCUGGACGCGAGGAUCGCGGCGCAGGAGAACACAAUCUACCAGAAAGAGACGGAGUACCUCGAGAGCACGCCGCUCGGCAACAUCAUCACCGGGUUCGACAACUACAUCAAGGGCACCGGCGGCGCGGCGUCUCAGCGGCGGAAGACAGGCCUCACGGACGCGAAUCGCGUCUUCUCGCGGAGCUCCAUCUCGUACAAUGCUAACGGCGACGCGAUGACCCCGGCCUCAGCAACCUCCACCCCCGCGGCCCCGACGCCGGUUUCGGGCUCAUUCACGGGCGGCGGCCGGGACUCCACGGGAGCGCCGACGCCGACCUCAGCUACGGGCCCUGGCCCGGGCUCGGCUACGACGACGAAAUCUGGCGCGCCGAAGAAGACUAAGAAGGCUGCUGCCGCUGCCGCCGCAGCAGCAGCAGCCGCAGCCGCAGCCGCGGAGGCAGAGGACAGUGAGACGGACACGCGAGAUACGAAGAAGGCGAGGACGAACUUUGGGGCGGUUCGUAGGUGAGGAGGGAUCAGAGGGAUGGAUGUGGGCGCGCGUCGGUUUGUUGGUUCUCUCUAUCGAUGGUUUUUGGUUUGUCGCCGGUUACGGUUGGGCGUAUGUGGUUUUGGCGUUGGGGAG